AUGGCCGACCAGCCAGGUGUUGCGGUCCAGGGGGAUCAAGGGAUGUCCGCCCAGUCCCUGGACGGGCUGCUGAGGAUACCGCUUCCACUACCGCGGAUUCGCAUCCGGCCGUGGUGGUUUCCUGUGCAGGAACUGAGAAACCCGUUGGUGUUUUACCUGGAGGCAUGGCUGGCUGACUCGAUCUUCGGCCCCGACCGAGCCACAAUUCCGGAAAUAGAGUGGAUGAACCAGGUCCUGCUGACCGUGGACAUAGUAGACGCUGGGAACUUGGUCGAAAUCACCAUUUUCGGACAGCCCCGUGUACAGAACCGGGUGAGGAGCAUGCUCCUGAGCUUGGCGUCAAGGCACCGGGAACAUCGUGCCCGAGAUGAGAAGAUGAAACAACUUGAGGAGUUUUUGAAGGAACGUGCAUCCCGUCCCCAGACCCCCCAGCUUCCUGUUGCAUAA